AUGACACUUCCCUUUGUACCAUCUCUAGCCUGGGCCGAAAAAAAACAUUCCAAUUUCUCUGCUGCGAUUUCACUUUCAAAAAACAAAUUACGGCUGCGCAAGGUAAAUAAACAAUCAAGGAACAGGUGGAGUGCAGCAGGCGCAGGCUAUCAAAUUUCCCAGUUACGAAAACAAAUGGCGCAGGAAAGCAGUGCAGCGGAUGUGGGGGACUCAAGUCCAGCGUCCUUGAAAAUUGUGCCAAAGAGCUAUGAGUACCCGCUCCUGGAGGAUCCGCAUGCCAUCCUGUCCCCGCCCACCGAGGGCGGAGAGACCCUAGCAAACCGCGGAGGCUUCACCUACUUCCACUACGGCUGCGAUGGGCACCAGGAUGCGGGCUGGGGCUGUGGUUACCGCACACUGCAAACGGCCGUUUCCUGGAUUCACCGACGACGAGGCUGCGAUGACCAUGUGCCCUCCAUCCGGGAGAUCCAGGAGAUCCUCGUGGAGCUGGGCGACAAGGGACCCAAGUUCCAGGGCUCCCGCGACUGGAUCGGCACGCUUGAGGAGUUCUACGUGAUCGAUGUGCUGCACCAGGUGCCCUGCAAGAUCCUGCACGCCACGGAGCUCAGCUCGCCGGAGAUCCUUGGCCAGAUUCGCGGCUACUUCGAGAAGUACCAUGGCUUCAUAGCCAUGGGCGGACUGAGCGACACAUCCUCCAAAGCCAUCACGGGCUAUCAUCGCAGUGCCGAGGACCGCGUCUUCUUGCAGGUGGUGGAUCCCCAUUUCGUGGGCGUGCCCAGCUCCGGCCAGCAAUUGAUCGAUCAGGGCUUCGUCCGCUGGGUGCCAGUCGACGAGUUCCCCGCCAGCACGUACAAUCUCUGCCUGAUUCUGCAGCCAUAGAUGCAACUCUCCCGUACUUAUUUCGACAAUAAAACCCGCUCAGCACCUUGAUUACCCAUUA